GUAGUAGGCCUCGAAAGUCACGCAUCACAUCAGAUGAGCAUAUUCUCAUCGUCGUUGGCAUCUGGCGAUUUCUCCCUACAAGUUGUUAGUGCUGUAUCACUUCAGCUACGAUCGCGUGGCUUACGUCUGAGAGUCUUCGUGGUGCAACCACACAAUAAGAGUUCUGCAUGUAAUGUACGUCGUAUGCCCCUGCCCCGAACUUGGCUCUCAAGAGAGUUUUCAACUUCUGCGAGUCUAUGUUCCUCCCCGAUAUGGACUGUACAGCGUCGAAAUCUGGAAUGACAUUGCAAGGUUCAU